AUGGGAGGAUGCGUACGGCGGAAGAUGCGCCCCUUCACCGGCGACGACGACGAAGACGACGCACAGCCCGCCUCCGCCACUCCCACUCCAUGGCCGCUCGCCCGCGCGCGAGCGAGCGAGCGAUGCACGUGCGUCAUCGUUGACGGAUCCGCGCUUCGGGCGACAUUUGAAACGGAGACAUCUGGGGAUAUCUACACUUACCAUGGCGCUCUCAAGUCCGGAAGUGUCGCAUUAGCGCCGUCGCUGAGAAACGAACUUCUGGUGAUGGGUGUCCGAUUACGUAAAUGGGUGCCUGGAUUACAGCCUUGA